GGGAGAGAGGGAAAGAGGCGCGUUAACUGCGUGUGUCCUUCUUGGACUCAGUUGUGUGACCGGCUGACGGGCUGAACGGGAGACGGACGAAGAAACUUGAGACAAUCACAGCGAGAUCCGACAUUCAGAGGGUGUCCAACCCUCCGUGGGAAACUGAAAGAGACGCUUCGCGAGAGGAGUGGGAAGAACAUCAGCAGAGAGGGGCUCGGCGAGAUAGAGGAGGAUAUUAGGCGGUGUGAAAAUAAAGGGGGAGAAGAGAGUGACUGACACCUGCCCUCCAGCUCAGUGUGAAGGACACAGAAUGAAAGAGUGAGAGGAGGGGGAUGAAAAGAGGGAAGACAGAGGAGAGAAUGAAGACAACCGGAAAACAAGGCCGGCCUAACAGCAAACCUCGCUCAAAUUAGGACAUCUCGCCCCAAGACAAGAUGAUUACAAGGAAUCUGCUCCUAUUGGUUUCCUUAUGCCUGUGGGAGGGGCUCGCAGGAAGUGCCUCGGCCAGUAAGAUUUUGAGGAGGAGAGGAGUGGGUGGAUCGCACUCACUGAAGCUAGGGGAGAGCAGAGAUACGGACCAAUGGGAUGCAAGCGUGGAUGCGAAUGCAAUGCCCGUGGUGACUCUUAGAAACCUGAUUAGUCACGAGCAGGCGGGUGACACUGGAUCUUACUCUCAUUCCAAAAUGUUGCUGAAUCAUGCUGCUUCAUCAGUAGCCAACAAGGAGCGACAAGCUUUCAAGCCCAAGCGCGAGGUCGACUCAGUCAAUAAAAAAGAAGUAACUCCGCACAUAUUAGCCUAUAGCAAGGAGCUAAACCAAGAUGCUAAGAAAGUCAAGAACAACUCAAAGAAUGCUGAGACUUCUAUAAAAACAGGAAGGUCAGAGAAGACAUUUGCAAUCCACCACAAGCCGGAGCUACACGCCAAUAAAACUAAGUUUAGAUCCGGCUCUAGAACCAGGAGCAGACCAGAUUUGGCUGUCUACACUACAGGUGUGCCAGGAAAAGGGUUCAGCAUAGAUUCAAACCGGAAGCUGAACCUCACGGGUAGUUACGGGGUUCUGAAGCUGCUGUCGAAAGAGAACCUAGUUAGGAUCGUCAAUUCCCAAAUGCAGAGCGUUCCCAGCCUGAGCUUUCCGAGCAAGGGCAGCCGGAGCAGGAAGAGAGAUUUGAUUGACGUUAAUCACAGAGAGUUGGAGGCUCAGAAAGUGCCAAGACAAGAUAUGGUUGUCACUCAGCUCCACACUGGUUUUGAUAAUCAGACAGCGUUCCCUUAUUUAAGCCCAGUCACCACCCCAGAUAUGAAUCGUGAGCAGGGAGCGAACACUCGUGUUAAUCCUAUAAGUGAAGUCAACCCAGCUUUGAGUAAAGGGCAGGGCAGCAAGGGAAUGCAGGGUUCAGACGGUGGCGGUAGCAAGAGCAAACGCCUUGUCCGUUUGCUGUCAACACCCCACAGCGAGGUCAACAUCACCCCCGAGAGAGAACUACCAAUCAGCCAAACGGAACCACCAUUUACAUCGACAAAACAUCUCCCGCAGUAUCUUCCCUCCGAAACAAAUGAUUCUCCGCCGUCUGUGCUGACGAUGCAACCCGAGGGAGAAGGACCGGGGAUCGGAGCAGCAGAUCCCCACAGAGACCCAUUAAAAGAGUCAGUUCUCGCUGCUCAAACAGAGCUCAGCACAGCUCAGUACCCUGCAGAUGAAGACAAUAAACUUGUCAACAGCAGUCAUGUCCUGAGGCUCCACCCGGCUCCCGCAUGGAGCCACGAUACGGAAGACAUGGGGACUCAAGCUGUCGAUCCAGAAAACGUGAAUGGCCUUGUGUUUGAGGAAGCGGAGGUGGAAGAGGAGGAGCGGGACGACAUGGAGGGUCAGGGGCCGCGCUCCCGCAGCAGGAGGAGCUGGAUCUGGAACCAGUUCUUUGUGAUCGAAGAGUACGCCGGGCCAGAACCUGUGCUCAUCGGACGGCUCCACACCGACAUGGACAGGAAUGAUGGACGCACUAAGUACGUCCUGCGAGGCGAGGGGGCCGGCUCUGUCUUUGUGAUCGACGAGAAGACCGGCAACAUUCACGUCACCAAGCCACUGGACCGAGAGGAGAAGGACGAGUACCGCCUCGUCGCCACGGCCACCGACAGGCAGACGGACCGGGCCCUGGAGCCCUCGUCACAGUUCAUAAUUCGGGUGCAGGAUAUCAACGACAACCCACCUAUCUUUGACGACGGCCCCUACAUCGCCAUCGUGCCUGAAAUGGCAAAUAUAGGCACAUCUAUAAUCCAGGUGACAGCGACAGAUGCUGAUGACCCAACCUACGGGAACAGCGCCAGGCUAGUGUACACACUGGUGCAAGGCCAACAGCACUUCUCUGUCGAUCCCCAGACAGGCAUCCUGCGUACGGCCGUACCGGACAUGGACAGGGAGACCCAGGACCAGUACCUGGUUCUGCUCCAGGCCAAAGACAUGGGGGGCCACCUGGGCGGAUUAUCUGGGACCACCACCGUCACUGUCAGGCUCACUGACGUCAACGACAACCCACCACGCUUCACCCAGAGCAUGUGGUCCUUCUCGGUUUCUGAACUGGCCAUCCCGGGCGCUGAGAUCGGACGCAUCUCGGCAACGGACGCCGACCUCGGUGAGAACGCCAAGCUGGAGUACACCAUCCUGGAGGGGGAGACGGGGGAGACGUUCAACAUCACCGGAGUGAACCAAGAGGCGGUCAUCACGCUCAACAAGCCUGUUGACUAUGAGAGCCGGAGCUCCUACUCCUUCUCUGUGGAGGUUCUCAACCCCAUAGUGGAUCCUCGAUUCUUGCGUCGAGGCCCCUUCAAGGACCGGGCCUCCAUCAGAGUAGCAGUGCUCGAUGCAGACGAGCCUCCGAGGUUCUCCAGAGCCAGAUACCAUAUGGAUGUUUCUGAAAACUGCCCGCCAGCCUGCACUGUGGGCCGGGUCAGCGCUGUAGACCCGGAUACUGGUCUUACCAAUAAUAUCAGGUUCUCUAUUGAUCCUCAGUCGGACCCAGAGGCUCUGUUUCGUAUCACCCCAGACACCGGCCUCAUCACCACCGCCAUGGAGCUGGACCGCGAACGCGACCAUUGGCACAACAUUACUGUCAUCGCUACGCAAAGAGACAAUCCCAGCCAGGUGUCAAGAGUUCUGGUUGCAAUAGAGACACUGGACCUGAAUGACAACGCACCUGAACUUGACCGGCAAUACUCAACAGCCAUGUGCGACUCGUCCACCAUCGGGCAGGUGGUGCAGGUGUUGCGGGCGAUUGAUAGAGAUGAGGGGGGGAAUGACAGCACUGUGUAUUUCAGCAUCCCUCCAGAGUCCAGCGCUGCCCUCAACUUCAGCGUCAGGGACAGCGGAGGCCCCACAGCCAGCCUGGUGCUGCUGUCCCAGCUCCAGCCUCUGUCCCGCUCCGCCUCCUCCACCCUAACGUUCCAUGUGCCGCUGGUCCUGAGGGACGGCACGUCGGGCCUCACCAGCAGCGGGACGGUCACCGUGUCCGUCUGUCCCUGCCUGAGAGGAGGGGCGCGGGCCGGGGACAAAGACAAGGACAAACAGAGUGAGGGCGAGGGCGAGGGCGAGGGCGAGUGGGACUGGGAGAGAGAGGCGGUGUGUCUCCCUCAGCAGUCCUCCCUCCCCUCCCCCGGCCUCAGCACCGCCGCCCUGCUGGCUAUCCUGGCCUGUGUCGCCACGCUACUGGCGGUGAGUGGCCUGUCGCUGUCUCUGCGCCGGCAGAAACGUGACUCCCUGUCGCCGCUGGAGGAGGACGACGUACGUGAGAACAUCAUCACGUAUGACGACGAGGGCGGGGGCGAGGCCGACACGGCCGCUUUCGACAUCGCCGCACUUCAGAGCGCCCCGCAUAGCUCGCGCUCUCGUGGCUAUCGCACACUGGACAGCAGGAAUGUACGUUAUGCCCAUCAUAACCAAGAAAAAGCUCGCACCUAUAGCUGGGCUCAGAAUCCGGGCGUUGAACACAACUACUCAGGACCCGGAGGACCUCUCUAUGGCCGCCUGUGUUACAGCAGCCACACGUUACCCGUUCUCCGCCGUACACCAGGUGGAACAUUUGAACCGGCCCUUGCCGAGCUGGGAUACCGCUACCCUGGGGGCCAGCCAGACCACUCUCUGGUCAUCCAAAACCAGGGGGCUAUGGUGGGGGCCAUGGAGUCCGGGGCGGUGUACAUCACUCCAACAGAACUCAGCACGGGCAGCCGAACGGGGAGUCGAACGGGCAGCCGUGACGGAACUGGACCCCAAAGCGGGGUUAGCACGUCGGAUGGAGGGACGCCGAGGACCAAUGACAGUCGCGAGAGAGGUGGAGGGACUGGAACUGCGAGCAACUGCACCGAGGGGAGCAGUGAGGACAAAGUGAACGGCAGUCAAGAUGUGGACUGGGUGCAGUCGGAGACAUUACCCAGGGAGCAUCACCUCGUCAUGACCAGAUCUGGCUCCAUGGUGGGCCAGGGUCACGCCGCAGGAGGCUGGGUCUGCGACUCGUCUACCCUCCCCCACUCGGGACGCAGGGCCUCCCGAGGGGGCUUGUCCCCGAAACGCAUGGGUUCCGGUCAUGCUGAAUACGACUCCAGCGGAGGAGGGGGAAAUGGAAAUGGAAGUGGGCGAACAAACCCAGAUGGACAGCAUCCUGCGAGUGCGCGGAACUACGCCACUGUCCUCCAGGGGGAGGUGAACGGACACAGGGACUAUCCCGGCAGCUUGGGGAGAGGAGGACUAGAAAUGGGGAGCAACUUUGUGGUGGCGAGGCAGGACAGGGAUGGCGGAGGGAUAUCAUCCGUUUACCCAGAAGCUGCUGGGAUGAUCGGGGACUGGCGUGAUCGGAUGGGUUUAGGGGGGUAUGUUUUAGGAAGAAGGGAUAUAACCCCCCAGAUUUUCCCCUUCCAUGGGCAGCCUCGGGGAGCAUACGGAGGGGUGAUGGGCUUCGGGUCCAGCUGGGUUCCGGGAAUGGAUGCUCCCCGAGGAGCUCCGGGGCCGGGGGGUCCCUCCCUAGCACUGAGGGUGGGCGAGUUCCUACGCCUGCGUCUCGCCCAGGUCACUUUUGACCCGUCACAGCCGCCGUACGACUCUGUGCAGGUGUACGGCCUGGAGGGCACAGGGUCCCGGGCCGGGUCCCUCAGCUCCCUGGAGAGCGAAGGAGAGAAGGAUGCGGAGAAGGAAGAGUGGGGGGCCGGGCUGGAGGAGUGGGGACCCCAGUUCCAUAAAUUGGCUCAACUCUUUACAGACAGGGAGAAAGAGAAAGAGGAAACAGAUGAAGUCGGUGCCAAAACGGAGAAGGGAAAGAGAGAUGAGCCGGAGAAGAAAGAGGAAGGAGAGCAGGCUGGAGAAAAGGGAAAAGAAUGAGGAAGCGAUAGAAACAAAUAAGGGGCAAAGGGGGUAAGAGGGAGGGGAUGGGGGGAUGAUGAAAAGGCAACCAGAGCUAGAAUAAUGUGAAGAGAAGUUAAAGGAGAGAAAGAUGAAGAGGCAAAGUAAUCAAAAGAGACAGAGAAAAAUGAGCCUAGGAAGGGAGGAGAGUGCGAGGGCAGGGGAGGGAGUGAUUGAUGUCAUUUAAAGCAAUAAGUGUUGGAACGCUGAUAUGGUUGAGCACAGAUACCGAGACAAUGCAGAGACUGCUUCGGCUCGGGGCAGCAACAAUUUGUUAAGCGCUUUGGACAAAGAAAAACAACCCAAACAGCCAAGACUCGAUUGAAUUCAACUCUCACGUAUACGGAAUGACCAAACAGCAGGAAGCAAGAAGUGUUGUUGCCGUGCGGGUCCGUGCUCUUUGUGUGUUUGUGUGUGUGGAGAAGUCUGUGAGAGGAUAUGGGUGUGUUUGCAAAUUGUGCAAAAUCGCACUUCUAUGGGUGCAUAUUUAACAAAGAAGGAGGAAUCACGAUAGGGACGAUUUCAAGAUGGGACGGAUGACUGAUGAUACGCUAGCUGCAACAUUAGUUUUCGGGACAAUGUGCAAGAGUGAACAAAUCCAAAGCGAGUUGAUAAACUGGGAUAACACACCGAAUGAAAUAUGUAUUUGAAUAUAAAGUCUACGGAUGUGUUGAGAGAGAAAGUGAGAAGAUUGUACAGAAACUGUUACUUUAUAUUUCCAUCUGCAGAAAAGUGAAUUAUUCAGCUCAAUACUUCAUUCCAAAUGAAAAUGAUGAAUCAUUUAAAUCCUGCAAAAGAUUCCCCCUCCUCUCAGCCCACAAGGAAGAACAGACAUUGUGGAAGACUUAAAUCCCCACAACCCCUACCCCUGUCAUCCCUGCAGCUUUUUGUAGUCGAGUGUUGGUAUGUUUACAAAGAUGCACACACAAACACACAAGACACACAAUAAAUGAUGAUAAGGCUUUGAUUGUACUACAGUAAAUUAUAAAAGAAAAAAAAACACAUCCACUAGAAUUCCAUCUACUUUACAAAGUAAUGAACACCCUAUUAUUCAUCUCUUAAAUGUUUUUAUGGAAGAAAGUCUCCUAUUUGUUAUCCCCCACUCUAGUCUCACUCUACACGUCUUUAGGACAGUAUGCAUGACAACCUAAAGAGGCAAUCAAAUCCAUUCUGAACACUUCCCAAAUGAAAAAUAUUCAUAUUAUAACACUGCAGAGACUCUCGUGAGAAUAGGCUUUUUGUUCUUGUUUAAAGGUCAGGAUGCAAAUGAGCUGGAGUUUUCAGCUGGAAUGCACUUUUAUACCAUGUGAUGUUUAAUAAUAGAUUAAUCAUGUCAAAGAUUACAUUUGUUUUAUAAGAUGUCAAUUAAACAAAAAAAAGAACUGUAUGUAAAAACAUGUCAAAUGUAAAUACCACUGAAUAUUAUUCCUAAAAGAGAGUAUAUCAAAUAAGUGAAAAUAUCCAAAUGGAGUACUGUUGGGACUAUCUGUAUGUACUGUAGAUUAGAAUGGAUUUACUCAAAUGGAUUUAACAGCCUCCUGGACUGAAAACAACACCAUGUAUUCUCCACCUGUGUAAUAAGUGAGCAGGGUUGUUUUGUGGUAGCGCUCAUCUGAGAUGGACAAGCCAGGCAUUCAAUAAUACAUGUGGCCUCCGGCAGAGAUAUUGGUAACAGGAAGCUUCUGCUAUCGAGGAUCCCAGUGGGAGGAAACACGUCAUGUGGUGAGGAGAAAUACCCCUAAUGGGCAUACGACACAAAUUCAGUAUUUUCCCCAAAAUCUGAAUUAUUAUUCAGCCAAAGCGAUACAAUAAAAUUGAAUUUCUAAUAAGCUCCGUCAGUGUUGCACUGCCUGAGAGACACAGAUUUAAAGAUUUAAAGAUGGUUACUUAUCUCAUUAAAUAUAAUAAACUGUACCUUUGAGAGUAUGAUUUUUAAUAAUGUCUAUCAAAUGUAAUCUUUCCUGCAUUUCAGGCAAUGCAACUCAAGAACCAGCGUUCUGCUUUGAUCAAGUCAAGUCUAAUUUUGUAAAAUAAUGACCUUAGACUCAGAUUUGUUUAAUUUGUAGGAGUCCUAGGGAAUUUCGUCCUCACACCCUAACCAGAAUGUGGAAGCUUUUGGUGUGCCAUUACCGAAAUGUUACCAUUUGGUUCACUGUAAAGCCACCCACAUGCCACCAGUUUGGUCUGCCCAUAAUCUUGUCGUCUUCUGUCAACAUUUAGUUAAUCAAUCAGGAAGUCAGGCUUUACUUGGGCUUAAUCAAAACCCAAACACAACUCUAUACCCUUUAGCUGAGCCACAGACUUGUCCAUACAGUGCCACGGUUGCAAAUGGAGGUAACCAGCACCAUUGUAAAAAAUAACGCACAAUGACCGUAGAAGAGUGGGGGGUGCAGAACCUUGGGGUGUGCUUGGUUAUUAAGUAAUAGAGCUUAACUAGAUACCUGAAAGCUACCAUUACGUUUCAUCAGCUUUGUAACAACAAUCCAAAUGGAAAUUCACUUACAUCAGUAUACUCAGUGCCAACAUUAAAGGAAAAUUCCGGUUUAUUACAACUUGGGUCUUAUUUUCAUAUAUUUUUCCAAUAUUUAGAGCUUAGCAAUGGAAUCUCAGGCCAGUCAAAGGUAUUCUGAAGAUAACAUGGAGCGAUCAAGUUAUUACAAAAAAUGUCUGUUAACAAAAGAUAUCAACGUUUCCUGACCUAUGUCCGGGUUUAAAUCUGAUCCACUGAACUUGCCUUAGUUCUGCCUGCACACGGCGUUCCUAGAAUAAGAUAAGAGAUAAGAACCAUUGGGACCAUUUUUUCCUAGACAUUUGAGAGAAAUUAUAACAAUCAUUUUGACCCCAUUUACACCAGGUCAUUUCAUGUGUCUUGCUCAAAGACCUGUAUAUCUGGAUUCUAAAAUACUGACUUGUCAAGUUGUAAUACACCAGAAUUAUGAUGUAACCAUUAUUUUAUUGGGGAGAACUGUCAAAGGAUAUCAUUGAUGUCUCUUAUGAUGAUUUCACUUGUACACCUAAAAUGACUGCCAAAGAACUUGGGAACAAUUUGUUAUGAGAAUGAGUAUAGUUGGUAAGCCCACUAAUGUGUUGCUUUGUAGAUGCAUCAUUUUGACAAUGUUUCCCUUGCUUUUAUGUGGAAUGUGCCAACUUUCUGAGUAGCUGUCUCUCACGACACAAUUAAGCUAUCCUAAGUUUUACAAACGUUUUUGCCAAUUCACGGGCCGCCAAUAGCAAAAUAAAUUAGCAUUGUUUAUCAUAACUGGACUUUCUGGUCCUUCCAAUCAUAUGGUGUAUUCCAGAGUCUUUGAUUUGUUCCAGGUGUUUCAUCUCUGGUGAUUGGUCUAAUUCAAAGCUCUACUCUGGCUGAUUGGUCAAAAUCAAAGUGAUGAUUCUCCUGAUUUGGCUUAUUUCUGAGUUCUGAAGUGCUGCGCUGACUAAACCACUUGACGCAGCUGAUUAUACCACCUUGUGAGCCCAGCAAAUUGGUUCAAUCAAAAGCUUGAUUAGUUGAAUCAGUUGUUUUAAACACAAAAAAAGUCUUUGCAGCACUCCAAAACUAUUUUUUUACUCUUUCAACUAGCCUCAACCCACACUGGCUGACGAAAUUGGUCUUGUCAGGCCAUUUGUCAAGCACAAAAAACCUUCUUGAUACUGAGAAUACUGAUGUCACUAGCAGAAAAGAAAGAUGCGAGUAGAUAUCUUAGCUUUCAGAAGUUGAAAUAUAGCUUAAGGGUGCAGGUUAAGGACUCCAAUAAUGAUAUUAACCCCAAACAAGUAGACCCUAUUGGUUCUGUGCCCCCUGGGUGACUUCAUUGCUCCUGCACGAGGUUGAUACAAUUCCACAAUUGCGUGCUGAACAAAGUGUAUUUAUUUCUGUUGUACUUUUUCUUUUUGUAAAUUUGAAUAAAAAAGGAACUAUUUCAAA